GAAGACGCCGUUCGAAACGGACGUGUUUUCAAUGCUCUCCAGUGAAAACGCACCGGCCACAGGCCGGGGAACUGCUGAGGCUUCGGCCAGUACCACCGAAAUGACGACUGAAGAGUACCGGACCGUACUUCCCCGUCUGCCGACAGGUAAUUUGAGUCUUAAUUCUGUCUUUCUACACGGAGAUCUCGCCGUGCGGCCAUACCGAGCAACAGACUUCCGAGACAUCGAAGAAGCACUGGCGCCUUUUGGCACGGUGCGUUCGAUUGUUAGAGAAAAAUGGCGCUGCGCCGGAAUGGAGCAGAUGGAGACGCUAAACAAAGAAGUGACGUUGACCCUUCACGAGGGAAUGAACGCGAGCCAGAUACCGCACCAGCUCACAGUGUUCGGCUGUCGAAGCUUGGUGCUCGUGCCUGGCCGCCCUCCACUGUGUCUACGAUGCUACCGAAUCGGUCACAUUCGUCGCGAGUGUAGGACCCCAAGAUGCGGUGAAUGCCGACGUGAUGGUCAUGCAACAAGUGAGUGCGUCACCACCUAUGCGGACAAGCUCCGACAAGCAAGAAGCCCAGCUGAAGAUGUCGUUUUAGAACACCUAAUGGACAUAAGCGAAGUGGUCGAUGCAACAGGAGAAGUCACCCCUUCCAGCACCACUUCAGGGGUACAGCUGACAGCCCCGCUGCACCCACCACCUGACGUCAACCCUGAGUCGGCGACGAUCACCGCUGAAUCUGAAAAGCCUGAAUCGUUUUUGCAAGACAGCGAAUUCCCUCCUUUAAGUACGACGUCAACGGUUGCUUCACAGGAUUCAUUACAUCGACGAGAGCGCUCGACCACGUCCAGUGGAACAUCUGUCAAACGACCCGCCCCAACAUCGGAAAAAUCGUCUCAGUCUUCUACCACGGAUGUCGCGAUCGGCCACAACAGCGACGAGAGAGGCGACGCCAAACGCAGGCCAGCUGAGGUGUGUGAGCACCAUUACAGUAAGUCCACACGGCCUGCUGACGUAGUGAAGGACGGUGAUGAACUGCCCCCUUAG